CUUUCACAAUUCCUGACACUCACAUUUGUUAUCCUGUGCAGCCCGCGUUUCACUAAUGCGAUUUGCUCGGCUCGUCGUCAGAUCCAAUCCGACUUCUAUUUCUAUCCACGGCAUUUCUUACUGGCUGCGUAUGGUUUAUUGGUAAUGUAUCGCUAUUAUCCCUAUCACCUAACGGGGCGAGGGAUAUCUAUUAUAUCUCCAUGUUUGUUGAAAAUGUGGAAUGGCAAGUCCGACAACAACCUCAUAACGCCAUGAUAGCUAUCUUCCGACGGAAAACACGAGUCGCCGCCGCACUUUUUCUAGUACUCGUCUUAUAUCUCCUAGUCGGACUUAUCCCCGAGCAUCGCGAUACACUCUUCGGCUUUACCUAUGUUAGGACGAGCUAUGACUGGUCUAAGCAAUCAUUGAAGUACCCUAUAUCCGAAUAUACGCCUCUGCCGACGGGUAGACCUUUAUCAUUACCUAAAGUACAAUAUGCAUUCACUACCGAUACGAGCCCUGCCGGUGUUGCGAGGGAGGAAGUGCUUGCGAGUCGGCGGGCCGAGGUGAAGAGUGCGUUCGUUAAGAGUUGGACUAGCUACAAGAAUGUCGGUUUUGGUUACGACGAGCUUAUGCCAGUGUCGGGGAAAGGAAGAGACGCACCUGGGUUUGGUGGAUGGGGAGCCACGCUUGUCGAUUCUCUCUCGACACUUUGGAUUAUGGGCCUCAAGGAAGAUUUUUACGAGGCUGCUGCUGCUGCUGUGACUAUUGACUGGGCUGACACCAGGGAUAAUUCCUGCAACUUCUUCGAAACCACGAUUCGGCAUCUGGGCGGACUGUUGGGCGCAUAUGAUCUGAGCUUAGAGACCGCACUACUCGAGAAGGCUAUCGAGCUCGGAGAUAUGCUCUUUAUGGCAUACGACACUCCGAAUCACAUGCCCCCAUUCUGGCUAGACUUUGAUGACGCUAAGCGUGGUAACCAGCUCGCUGGAUAUCACGACCCUUCAGCCUCUGUCACGUCGUCAUCCCUCGAAUUUAGUAGGCUGGCUCAGCUCACCGGAAACGACAAGUACUACGAUGUUAUCAAUAGGGUAGCAUUGGUAUUGGACGAAUGGCAGAAUAAAACAGCACUACCGGGCAUGUGGCCAACAUUCUUCGACUUCAACCAGCUUCAGCUGGACAGUGACAGUAGCUUCACGUUGGGCGCACUAGCGGAUAGUUUGUAUGAAUAUCUGCCCAAGACUUUCGCCAUCCUAGGUGGGCUCGAGCCAAUGUAUGAGAAGCUCUACCGAGGAUCGAUGGAUACAGUCAUCAAGAAUUUGUUGUUCCGACCAAAGACCCCGGACCAGGAUGAUAUCCUCUUCUCUGGAAAUGUGUAUGUCUCAUCAGACACAGGGCCACACCUGACUGCAGAGGUGCAACAUCUUGGAUGCUUUGUGGGGGGAAUGUUUGGGCUGGGAGGCAAACUUUUCAACAUCCCGGAACAUCUCGAGAUCGGCGAGAAGAUCACACGUGGCUGCGUGUGGGCCUACGACGCGAUGCCUACAGGUAUCAUGCCCGAGAUCUUCAACCUAGAGAAAUGCGACACAUUAGAUCCAUGCGAAUGGGAUGAGGAACAAUGGGAGAAUGAGGCCGAUACGACACUGAAGAAAGGUUUCAAGAAUGCUCGGGAUCCGCGUUACCUUUUACGGCCCGAGGCUGUCGAGAGCGUAUUCUUGAUGUACCGCAUGACUGGUAACUCAGAGUACCAAGAGAUGGCGUGGAGAAUGUUUCAAUCCAUUCGAAAUGCAACCGAGACAGACCUAGCAUUUUCAUCAAUCAAUUCCGUCAGGAACGUUGAUACAGUUAAGUCGGAUUCUAUGGAGAGUUUCUGGUUAGCUGAGACGCUCAGAUAUCUCUACUUGACAUUUUCUUCUCCUGAUCUUGUCAACUUGGACGAUUACGUCUUAAAUACCGAAGCUCAUCCCCUCAAGCGUCCUAGAUGAGUAGUCGGAAAUCAGUUAUCACCAAAGUAAGCAGCAGUUACCAAACUACUCGGAGCACUUGGGUAUAGCCGGGCAUAAGAAGUGCUCUGGAUGUUUCCCAUCCGAAGGUGAAUUUUACGAGACGCGGCUCAAG